UCUCUCUCUCUCUCUCUCUCUUCUUGCAGGAAUGGGGACGAGCGUCCAGCUGACCCCGCUCGCCGGCGCUCACUCCGAGGGGCCGCUCUGCUACCUCCUCCAGGUCGACGAUUUCAGAUUCUUGCUGGAUUGCGGCUGGAACGAUGUCUUCGAUGUCUCUCUCCUCCAGCCCCUCGUCAGUGUCGCUCCCACGAUCGAUGCUGUUCUUCUCUCCCAUUCUGACACGCUGCAUCUCGGAGCGCUACCCUACGCGAUCGCGAAGCUGGGACUCAAUGCGACCGUCUAUUGCACGCAUCCCAUCCGGUCCAUGGGCCAUAUGCAAAUGUAUGAUCAUUGCCUCUCGCGAACUGCUGUGUCGCAUUUUGAUCUCUUCAGCCUGGAUGAUGUAGACACUGCCUUCUCGAACACCUGUCCUCUCAAGUACUCUCAACAUUUUCCUCUUCAAGGCAAGGGGCAAGGCAUUACCAUCACACCGUUUCCAGCAGCCAGACUUUUAGGCGGAACUAUCUGGAAAAUCACUAAGGACACGGAAGACAUCAUAUAUGCUGUCGAUUUCAACCAUCGCAAAGAAAGGCAUUUAAAUGCAACGGUUUUAGAGUCCUUCACUAGGCCUGCAGUGCUUAUUACGGAUGCUUACAAUGCUCUCAAUUCUCAGCCUGUGCGCCGGCAACGAGAUCAAGAAUUUCUGGAUAUUAUCUUGAGGACUCUACGCUCCUCUGGAAAUGUUCUUUUGCCUGUCGAACCGUCUGGUCGGGUAUUAGAGAUUAUUUUGUACCUGGACCAGCAUUGGAGCCAGCACCGAAUAAACGUACCCCUCGUUUUUCUUACGUAUGUGGUCGGCAGCGUAACUGACUUUGUUAAGAGCUCGCUUGAAUGGAUGAAUGAUGCUAUAGGAAAAGCAUUCGAACAGAAUCGUGAGAAUCCAUUCGCACUAAGAUCCGUGAAAUUGUGCACCUCACGAAAACAGCUUGACGAGCUUCCUCCAGGACCCAGGGUUGUUCUUGCAUCCAUGGCGAGCUUGGAAACAGGAUUUGCGAAAGAAUUGUUUUUGGAGUGGGCUGUAGAUCCUAAAAAUCUUGUACUUUUUACGGAACGGGCUCAGGUUGGAACACUAGCGCGUCAGCUACAAGUGGAGCCUCCGCCAAAGAUUGUGAAAAUCACCAUCAGCAAGAAAGUCCUUCUUGUCGGUGAGGAGCUGGAGGCUUACGAGCGUGAGCAGUCGCGGCUCAGAGAGGAAGCAAGGAACGCAGCUUCUCAACAGGAACCAGUCCAGCCAGCUUCUUCAAGCGACGACCUGAUGCCAUCGGCUCCGGACGAGUCAAGUACACCAUCAGAAGGGAAACAGCAAGCGGUCACUGUUCAUCAUGAUAUUUUCAUAGAUGGUUUCACGGUUCCGGCUGACACCGUAGCACCCAUGUUCCCGGUUUAUGACGAUAGCAACGAACGUGACGAGUAUGGGGAAAUUAUUAACCCUGAUGACUUUGUGAUUAAAGAAGAGUUUAUGGACUACUCCCAAACUCAGGCUGUAAGUGAUGUUCUUAGUGCAUCUAAAACUGGUUUUAACGAUUUGUUUUUUUUACAGAAUGCAAAUAAUAUAAAGCUAGAGACAGAAGGAGACACCUCUGCAGAAAAGCCGUCGAAAGUCGUCACGACUGAUACAGCGGUGGUCCCACUGUGUGCGCUGACAUUCAUGGAUUUUGAGGGCCGAGCCGAUGGACGAUCGAUCAAGUCGAUAUUGGCCCAUGUAGCUCCCUUGAAGCUGGUUUUGAUCCAUGGAUCCGCGGAAUCUACCGAACACUUGAAGCAGCACUGCCUCAAAAAUGUCUGUCCGUUCGUCUACACUCCACGGGUUGGUGAAAAUAUGAACGUCACUUCCGAUCUCAAUGCGUAUAAGCUGAGGCUGACGGAGCGUAUAAUGAGCAGCGUCCUCUUCAGAAAGCUUGGAGAUUACGAGCUAGCGUGGGUUGAUGGAGAAAUCGGACAGAAUGAGGAGGACUUACUCCCACUUUUGCCUCUGGACGGAACGCCACCUCCACACAAGACCGUCUUUGUUGGGGAUUUGCGCCUUGCUGAUUUCAAGCAGCUAUUAGCCACCAAAGGCAUCCAGGCAGAAUUUGCCGGUGGUGUUCUCCGUUGCGCUGACAACAUAGCCGUUCGCAAGAGUGGAGGACAGCAACUCGUAAUCGAGGGAUCUUUGUCUGACGACUACUACAAAGUCCGGGAGCUGCUCUACUCACAAUACCACAUAGUGUGAAUGUAAACUUCUUGGCCAGAGUUUCGUGGAGGGCUUGUCGGGACAAGAGGUUUUCCAUCUGCAAACAAGGAACCAAUCAGCACAGGAACUUAAGAUAUCAUAUCCGG